AUGCCAUGCCCCGCUGCAGCCGUCGUGUUGGACGGAGAGGAGGGCGAGUGUUUUAAUAAAGUACGUGAUGCAAGCCAAAGACACAACACUAUCGGUAGAGGCAAACCGUGGCUGGUCGAAACCCAUUUUGGUUGGGUUGUCACCGGCAACACUCAUCAUUCGUCCAUCGGUCCGCGGCUGUGCCAUCUAUCUGCAUACGACACUCCACUGGAGGAGACCAUGCAGCGGUUCUGGGAGAGUGAAACCAUAGCCGAGGAUCCUGUGCUAUCGGUUGAGGAGAAUACUUGCGAGAAGCAUUUCGUAGCAACAACUGUUCGCAACUCAAGUGGAAGGUAUGUCGUUAGUUUGCCAUUUAACUCCAACCCUAAUAUCGUUUUAGGAGAGUCGAAGGAAAUAGCCGAUCGCAGACUGCGUUGUAUCGAACGGCGGUUGAACACCAAUGCUAAAAUGAAAGAAGAGUAUGUGGAAUUUAUGAAAGAAUAUGAGCAUUUGGGGCAUAUGAAGCGACUUACCAGUGCUGCAAACGAUUCGGUAGAGCAUUACUACCUCCCACAUCACGCUGUCAUUAAGGAAUCAAGCACAACCACGAAGGUGCGUGUCGUGUUCGAUGCAUCCUGUAAGACUUCGAGUGGUUACUCAUUGAACGACAAACUCUUAGUGGGACCAGUCGUUCAAGAAGAUCUUUUAUCGAUUAUCCUUCAGUUUCGUUCUCGUGCCAUUGCUCUCACUGCAGACGUAGAGAAGAUGUAUCGUCAAAUUUUACAUAGCCCUCAUGACCGUAACUAUCUGCGCAUCCGGUACAGAGAACAUCCUGCAGAUCCUAUAUCGACAUUUGAGCUACAGACGGUUACGUACGGCACAGCCUCUGCUCCAUUUUUAGCAACCAGGACCCUAAAACAGAUUGCUCUUGAUCACAAGGAAGAGUAUCCUUUGGCAAUGAAUGCGGACAUGAACGAUUUUUACGUAGAUGAUUUGCUAACGGGUACCGAUGAUUUGUCCGAAGCAAUCGUUAUACAAAGGCAAAUCUCAGACAUGCUAAAUUCAGCUGGCUUCACGCUGAAGAAAUGGGCGUCGAACCGCACCGAAGCAUUGAAGAACGUUCCUUCUGAAGAUGUGGCGGUACAACUCACGCACGACUGGAAGAGCUCGAAACAAGUAUCCACGUUAGGCAUCGUUUGGGAACCGGCAACUGAUACACUACGGUUUCGUAUUGAGAUACCACCUACAACACCCAGCAUGACGAAAAGGUUAAUUUUGUCAUAUAUCGCCAAGAUAUUUGAUCCCCUCGGGUUACUGGGCCCAACGAUCAUCAUCGCAAAGAUGUUCAUGCAGCAACUAUGGGCUCUCAAGAUUAAUGGAAAGGCAUAUGACUGGGACAGCGAGCUACCAUCGCACUUACAGCAUGAAUGGUCGAAAUUUCACUCUACACUAUCUUCACUACGCAAUUUGACAGCCCCACGGUACAUAUCGCAAUGCACGGCAACAAGUCUGCAAAUUCAUAUCUUUGCCGACGCAUCACAACUAGCAUAUGGUGCUUGUUGCUACAUUCGGGCUGAAAGCAUGGAAGGAGUAACCGUGCAGCUGCUAACAGCCAAGUCAAAGGUCGUUGCGUUAUCCAAUUCACAUUCCAUAGCUCGAUUGGAAUUAUGUGCAGCACGACUAGCCACACUCCUAAACGAGAAAGUCCAGCAAUCACUGAAAAUUUCUGCUACCACCAUCUGUUGGACCGAUUCCAUGACUGUUCUUCACUGGCUGAAUUCAGCACCAAAUCGAUGGAAGCCCUUCGUUGCAAACAGGGUUGCAAAAAUUCAGCAAACGGCUGGAAUACAAUGCUGGAUGCAUGUUCCAGGCUCGGACAAUCCAGCAGACGACAUUUCGCGAGGUUUAACUCCGGAAAAAUUGCUAGUGUGUGAGCGCUGGUGGCACGGGCCACAUUGGUUAGCACGCAACUCGGAAGAAUGGCCACAGAACACACCAUCACCAAGCGAAGAUGAGAGCGCAGAAGAAGAAAACCUAUCGUCACGGGUUGCAAGCACAGCAUUAAUCUGCGAAUUUCAAAACAGUUUGUUCUCACGAUUUUCGAUCUACCACAAACUGCAAAGAGUUGUUUCACAUUGUUUGCGCUUUAUACAAAACGCAAAGCGCCGCGUAGGAAACAAGGUCCAUGCUAAGGACAUCCUACCACUCACUGUAGACGAACUCAAGGCGGCAGAACUCAAGUUGUGUUAUCUUUCGCAACAAGACACCUUUUCCGAGGAGAUACAACACCUGCAGAAGGGCAAAGAGAUUCCGAAGAACUCCAAAUUAAAAUGGAUUUCCCCUUUCAUAGAUACGCAAGGUAUUCUGCGCAUUGGUGGCCGGCUCAGUAACGCACAUCUGUCGGAAUCAGAAAAACACCCGGUAAUAUUAUCAUCGAAACAUCCACUGUCCGCACUACUAGCUGUUUCGAUACACUUGAGUAAGCUGCAUGCUGCACCACAACUGCUUUUAACAACACUACGCCAAAGCUUUUGGAUAAUUGGCGGUCGUAAUUUGUGCAAGUCUGUGUACCACAGUUGCCACGCAUGUUUUAAGGCCAAACCCACACUUGUUAAGCAAAGUAUCGCCGAUUUGCCAACAUCAUGAGUCACACCAACAAGACCAUUCUCAGUAUGCGGAGUAGACUAUUGCGGACCAAUCUAUAUAAAACAAACCAUACGCAACAGAAGUCCGAUUAAAGCAUACAUCGCCAUAUUUGUAUGUUUUUCAACAAGAGCGGUACAUAUCGAACUGGUUGGCGAUUUAACAUCAACAGCAUUUAUCAAUGCACUUCGUCGUUUGAUUGCACGUCGUGGUCAAAUCAGUGAACUGCAUUCCGACAAUGCAACCACCUUUAAGGGAGCGGCACAUGAGCUGAAUCGCGUAUACAAGAUGCUAAAGUGCAACGAACAUGAUCGAGCUGCUAUAUUUGAUUGGUGCGCGAUGAAUCAGAUGAAGUGGAAGUUUAUCCCCCCAAGAGCACCACAUUUUGGAGGUUUAUGGGAGCCAGCGGUGAAGGCAGCUAAAAAGCAUAUAGUCAGAACAAUAGGAACAACAAGCAUCACACAGGAGAGCAUGCUUACCCUACUUGCCCAGGUAGAGCAAUGUUUGAAUUCGCGACCAAUUACACCUCUAUCCGAUGAGCCGUCGGACUUGGAACCAUUGACACCGGGACACUUCCUCGUCGGUGGCAAUCUGCAAGCGGUACCAAUCAUCGAUUACACCGAGACACCGAGCAACUACUUGAGGGAAUACAAGCUCGAGCCAAUAUUGCAACGGGAAAUCAGCGGUUCUGAAAGAAAAUACACUGGUGAUUAUUAAGGAAGACAAUGUACAUCCUACUGUUAUGGCAUUAUGACCAAUAUUGCCAUGACCUGAAACCGUUGUGCACGGUUUAAGCGAUAGCGAUCCGUCUUGAAAUACUGUCAGUUUCGAAUAAAAAGGAAUGCGCAGCUCGCGCUGCGCAUGAUUUAGCGUCCAAGCUCCAACUAAACACAUCGUGUUUAUUUAAUAUUUUGAAAGAACAUAACAUGGCGAUCAUGCCAGGAGCAACAGAAACAUAUUGGGAAAACGCUAAAUAUGGCAUACGUAUAACAUUGCCAUACGUGCAGAAGUGAUAUUUCUUGCAUUGUGACAUCAAAAGAGCAGCAGUAGCAAAGUGCGGUGUAAUGUGUCCAUAUAAAAAUGCGUCACAUGAUUGAACCAGAGCAAUAGUGUUUGGCGUAAAAAAAA